AUGGCCGGCUCCGAGCAGCAGCGGCCGCGGCGGCGGGACGACGCAGACUCGGCCACGGAGGAGUCGGCGCCCCUGCAGGACGCCGAGCUGGCCCUGGCCGGCAUCAACAUGCUGCUCAACAACGGCUUCAGGGAAUCGGACCAGCUUUUCAAACAAUACAGAAAUCAUAGCCCAUUAAUGAGUUUUGGAGCCAGCUUUGUCAGUUUUUUGAAUGCCAUGAUGACAUUUGAGGAGGAAAAAAUGCAGUUGGCGUGUGAUGACUUAAAAACUACAGAAAAGCUGUGUGAAAGUGAAGAGGCUGGAGUGAUUGAAACCAUCAAGAAUAAAAUUAAAAAGAACGUUGAUGUCCGGAAAUCCGCCCCCUCUAUGGUCGAUCGGCUUCAGAGGCAAAUCAUCAUAGCUGACUGUCAGGUGUACCUGGCCGUGCUUUCAUUUGUAAAACAGGAAUUGUCAGCAUAUAUAAAAGGUGGGUGGAUCCUUAGGAAAGCCUGGAAGAUUUACAAUAAAUGCUAUCUGGACAUCAAUGCACUCCAAGAGCUGCACCAGAAGAAGCUAACUGAAGAGCCCUUGACUUCUGACGCUGCAAAUGAUAAUCACAUUGUGGCUGAAGGGGUGUCUGAGGAAUCUCUGAACAGACUGAAAGGUGCUGUGAGCUUUGGAUAUGGCCUUUUUCACCUUUGCAUAUCCAUGGUGCCCCCAAACCUGCUCAAAAUCAUCAACCUGCUGGGUUUUCCUGGAGACCGCCUACAGGGGCUUUCUUCACUGAUGUAUGCGAGCGAAAGUAAGGACAUGAAGGCCCCUUUAGCUACAUUAGCUCUGCUUUGGUACCACACUGUAGUCCGCCCUUUUUUUGCCUUGGAUGGCAGUGAUAACAAAGCCGGCCUGGAUGAAGCUAAGGAGAUUCUUCUCAAAAAAGAAGCUGCUUAUCCAAACUCUUCCCUCUUUAUGUUUUUCAAGGGACGGAUACAGCGACUGGAGUGUCAGAUCAACAGUGCCUUGACUUCCUUCCACACAGCUCUGGAGCUCGCAGUAGACCAGAGGGAGAUUCAGCAUGUCUGUCUGUAUGAAAUCGGGUGGUGCAGCAUGAUCGAGCUCAACUUCAAAGACGCAUUUGAUUCCUUCGAGAGGCUGAAAAAUGAAUCCAGGUGGUCACAGUGCUACUAUGCCUAUUUGACUGCAGUGUGUCAGGGAGCCACCGGGGAUGUGGAUGGGGCACAGGUUGUCUUUAAAGAAGUUCAAAAACUCUUCAAGAGGAAGAACAACCAGAUUGAGCAGUUCUCGGUGAAAAAGGCGGAGAGGUUCCGGAAGCAGAGCCCGACUCAAGUGCUGUGUGUGCUGGCUUCCAUCGAGGUGCUGUACCUCUGGAAGGCCCUUCCCAACUGCUCCUUCGCCAACCUGCAGAGGAUGAGCCAAGCUUGCCAUGAAGUGGAUGAUCCGUCGGUGGUUGGAUUAAAGUAUUUGCUUCUUGGUGCCAUACAUAAGUGUUUGGGAAACUCAGAAGAUGCUCUGCAGUUCUUUCACCGAGCUGUUAAAGAUGAGUUGUGUCGUCAGAAUAACCUGUAUGUUCAGCCAUACGCGUGCUAUGAACUUGGCUGUCUUCUGAUAGACAGACCAGAGACUGUAGGAAGAGGCAGAACUCUUCUCCUUCAAGCAAAGGAGGAUUUCUCUGGCUACGACUUUGAGAACAGACUCCACGUCCGCAUCCAUGCUGCUCUGGCCUCCCUGAGGGAACUGGUUCCUCAGUGAUGGGCCUAGAGGAAGCCUGCCCUGUCCCUUUCCUUCCGAGGACAAAGCUCACAUGAAGAUCGGCUUUUCUUCCGAAAACCACGUGUGCCAGGGACAUAUUUUCCCAGUUCAGCUGACCCACUAAACAUGUCCUCUUUCAAACAGUUUGAAGAAGGGUGGCCAUGGUGAUAAUGAUGGUGAUGAAGAAGGUUAAGUGACCUUGUUUAAGCAUUUUAGUUUUUUUGACUCUUUUAUUUUUAACAUAAAAUUCAACAAAGCAUUCUGGCUGUGAUCUUGCAGGGGCGCCUGGCUGAAGCACACCUGGGGAGGGUGAUGUUGAGAGGCACCUGUGGGAUGUGCAGGAUUAUGGUGUUUAUAUUGUGUUUUGAAAAAUAAUAAAAGCGCUUUCUAGUGUUUUACUUUAUUCCCAGAACAUUCCUGUAAAUAGUGCAGCACAGAUAGUCCUAGCCCCACUGCACAGACAACAAAACUCAGGCACAAAAGGUGAAUGGAAUGAAUGAAUUGUUCCUCUAUUCCAAAGAGUGACAAAUAGCUAGCCGAUCUCCUGACCGCCAACGGAAUAUUCUUUUGCUAUUAAAGAGAACCAUGUUAAUAACCCAGAAUUUCAUGUUUCCCUUAUUAAAAGAAUGAACACUCUAAGUGGACAUGUCAUCAAAAAUACUCAUCUGUAGAUUGUCUGCAAAAGGUUUCCCAGUGAUAAACACUUUUUCCUUUGGAAGCAAACCAAGCAGGUAGUAAUAGAAGAAAAUGUUCCAACUGGAAAUCUGCUUUGCUAGUCAUCAGAGAGCCUCAGUUAUAAAUAAAUAUUACCUACGUUUUAGAAAAUUGUCUAAUGACCAACUUUUGGAAAUCUUUGAACAGAUUACUUGGGAAGUUCAUUCUCAAAUGAACGAUAGUGAAACAUUUGCAAGAUUGUAUUUAUCAAGAUACCAUUUUCCCCUUGGCUCAGGUUUUCAGAGAAGGAGUUUAGAGUUAUUUUUAAAAAUUCAUUGCUGAUUUUUGCGUUCCUUUAGCUGAUCUCCAAGCCCAGUUCUGCACAUAUAUGGUUUUAAAGAAUCUAAAUACCUCAGUCACUGUUAAGAAACUUUGCCAUAAUUUGGCUGAUUUUUAAGGUUGCAUUUUUUUUUUAUUUCUGUUGAGCUAAAGGAUGUUGUUUUAGAGCAUCAUUUCCAUGCUUCUGGAUCUCAUGUGAUGUUGAUAUUUUCGUAUUUCUUUUCAAAAUAAAACAUGAGAAAAACAGCUAGAGUGUUGGCAAUUUAAUCUUGCUUCGAGAGGCUAAUUUUCUGUAGGAUGUGUUUUGUUUAUUUAUUUAUUGAAAGGCAC